CCCACAGGGCUCCGCGCGCCAGCGUAGCGGCAGCCUUCAUAGGGGGAGGGGCAACAUGGCUGCGGCUAAGCCGAGGAAGAGGAGUCGUGGCUGAGCUUAUUUCAGCUUGCAAAACUGAAGACAAAUUCCUGGCUAACAAUGCCUGAUAAAAUUACUUUGCAACUGGUUUUCGUAUCAGUCGUUGAUUAAUCUUCAUGUCCAGCAUUAUUUGAUCCUGAUUUCUGAAUCAUGGGACGGACAGUCUUCUAGUACAUUACAUGAAUACUGCUAAACUGAGCUGAAAAGAUGCUGAACUGUUGAAAAAGGACAGCUAAAAAGAAUAGAAUACGUGGAAAGUAACCUCGCGUACAGGAUGAGGCAAUAUGUUCAAGUUCCGACAGUUGAACAGGAAAAUACCUAUGACUACAAUCCUGCAUGGGAGCCAAGUCCAUUUAUGCGUUUGGGAGUAUGCUGUUGCUGUUCUGCUUUGCGCCCUCGUUACAAACGUCUGGUGGAUAACAUAUUCCCCGAAGACCCCAAAGAUGGUCUUGUUAAAGCUGAUAUGGAGAAGCUGACUUUCUAUGCAGUUUCUGCACCAGAGAAGCUGGAUCGAAUUGGAGCUUACCUAGCAGAGAGACUGAGCAGAGAUGUUGUCAGACAUCGCUACGGGUAUGUUUUAAUCGCCAUGGAGGCACUGGACCAACUUUUAAUGGCUUGCCAUUCUCAAAGCAUUAAACCAUUUGUGGAAAGUUUCCUUCAGAUGGUGGCCAAGCUUCUAGAGUCAGGGGAACCAAAGCUGCAAGUUCUUGGAACCAAUUCUUUUGUCAAAUUUGCCAACAUUGAGGAAGACACCCCUUCAUAUCACAGACGCUAUGACUUUUUUGUUUCUCGAUUUAGUGCCAUGUGUCAUUCCUGUCACAGUGAUCCAGAAACACGAACUGAGAUCCGGAUUGCUGGAAUCAGAGGCAUUCAGGGAGUAGUGCGUAAAACAGUUAAUGAUGAGCUCAGAGCAACCAUAUGGGAGCCUCAGCAUAUGGACAAGAUAGUUCCCUCGCUGCUGUUUAAUAUGCAGAAGAUAGAAGACCUUGACAGUCGAAUUGGCCCACCCUCUUCCCCUACAGGAGGAGAGAAAGAGGAGAACCCUGCUGUGCUGGCCGAGAAUUGUUUUAGAGAACUGUUGGGCCGAGCAACCUAUGGGAAUAUGAACAAUGCUGUUAGACCAGUUUUUGCACAUUUAGACCAUCACAGACUAUGGGACCCCAAUGAAUUUGCUGUCUCCUGCUUCAAAAUCAUCAUGUAUUCUAUACAGGCACAAUACUCCCAUCAUGUAAUACAGGAGACUCUUGGACACCUUGAUGCUCGCAAAAGGGAUUCGCCACGAGUCCGAGCAGGCAUUAUUCAGGUUCUUUUGGAAGCAGUUGCCAUUGCUGCUAAAGGAUCCAUAGGCCCAACUGUCUUGGAAGUGUUUAAUACUCUACUGAAGCACUUGCGUCUCAGUGUUGAUUUUGAAUUAGGUGAGAGGCGUAGCUCAACUGGCAGUGCCAGUUUCAGCACAAGCUCCAAAGAAAGCGACGAGAGGAUUGUCCAGAAUGCCAUUAUUCAAACAAUUGGGUUUUUUGGGAGCAAUCUCCCAGAUUACCAGCGGUCCGAGAUUAUGAUGUUCGUUAUGGGGAAAGUACCUGUUUUUGGGACAUCCUCACAUUCGCUGGAUACAAGCCACCUUGGGGAUUUGGGAACGAGGCGGAUUCAGAUCAUGUUGCUGAGAUCUUUACUUAUGGUGACUUCAGGAUAUAAUGCAAAGACUAUUGCUGCUGCUCUUCCUGCCCCAUUUCUUGAUCCUUUAUUGUCUCCUUCACUCAUGGAAGAUUCUGAACUAAGACAGCUGGUCUUGGAAAUAUUGCAUAAUCUUAUUGAUCGGCAUGACAACAGAGCAAAACUUAGAGGAAUAAGAAUAAUACCAGAUGUUUCUGAUCUAAAGAUAAAACGAGACAAAAUUUCAAGGCAAGACGUGAGCUUCAUGAAGAAGCAUGGGCAGCAGUUAUACAGGCACAUCUACUUAGGCUGUAAAGAAGAAGAUAAUGUCCAAAAGAAUUUUGAGCUGCUGUACACGUCUCUAGCUCUUAUAACAAUCGAACUAGCCAAUGAAGAAGUGGUUAUUGACCUCAUUCGACUGGCCAUUGCUUUGCAGGAUAUCAUCAUUAUUAAUGAGGAUAACUUGCCAAUGUUCAAUCGCUGCGGUGUCAUGGCAUUGGUUGCAGCCUACCUCAACUUUCUAAGUCAGAUGAUUGCAGUCCCUGCCUUUUGCCAGCAUGUCAGCAAGGUCAUUGAAACACGAACUGUGGAAGCAUCCUAUUUUCUACCAGAAAACAUCUUCAAAGACAAGCUCAUUCUUCCCAAAUCUUUGGAGAAGCAUGAAAAAAACUUGUUUUUCCUAACAAACAAGAUUGCAGAAUCAUUAGGCGGCAGUGGAUACAGUGUGGAAAGAUUGUCGGUGCCAUAUGUGCCCCAGGUAACAGAUGAAGAUAGACUCUCCAGAAGGAAGAGCGUUGUGGACACAGUAUCUAUUCAGGUGGAUAUUCUGCCUGGCAACAACACAGAGGAUAAGGUCAAUAAUACUGAAGAAAUCACCUUUGAAGCUUUGAAGAAAGCAAUUGAUAAUACUGGACUUGAAGAGCAGGAGAAAGAAAAGAGGCGUCUUGUGAUUGAAAAGUUCCAGAAAGCACCUUUUGAAGAAAUUGCAGCACAGUGUGAAACAAAAGCAAACUUUCUUCAUGAUAGACUUGCACAGAUAUUGGAGCUCACCAUUCGUCCUCCUCCUAGCCCCUCGGGAACGAUGACCAUUACUGCCGGACAUGCUCAUUACCAAUCCGUUCCAGUCUAUGAGAUGAAGUUUCCAGAUCUUUGUGUGUAUUAAGUGUCUUCUGAAGUCUGCAGGACAUUAUUUAGAGUAGAGUACAAUAAACAGACCAAGAUGAGUUUUCAAGUUCUUUGUUAAUUUAGAUUAAGUAAAUAGUUUUUUAGAAAAAAUGGUGGACCUACAGCACAUAGGAAUGAUUUUUAACCAAACUUUCAGUUUUUUUUAACUAUUCUCUAAUAUUUGACGUUAGGUUUGUUAUGUUACCUUAUUAUUUCACUUAGUCAUUUUUCAUAUUUCGGUAGGUUUAAAAGUCAGAAGUAAAUAUUUCCUCUUCUUUUGCCAGCGUGUUCUAGUGUUUCAGAGACCUAAAAAUGAGUUUACAGAAAUAUAAUUUCCUAGAAUUGGGGGCUAUAUCUGCAAUGCCCGGUGGCUUCCUUCCACCUGGGUUUCCAGAUUUGGGUAGAGUGCUUUUGGCGUGCUUACUGUUACCACAUGUAUCAGUGGAGCGAUAUCUUAGCUCCCUAUACUGUUGCUGUCUAGUAGCUAUUUAUUCCAUUAUUUUGAAAUACAUUUAAAUAGGCAAUCUUUUACCUGUUCAGUUUCACUAAUAAAUAUGACUGGUCAGACAAUUGUUAAAUAUUGUUCCUGGUGAAUGAUUAACAUAAUGUGCUUUUUAGAAAUCCAGCACAUGUGCUGUUUCCUGCCGAAAGUUGCAAUGUUCUGCUUGAGAGAUGUAAAUCCCUCCUCUUGGAGCUCUGACUUGUGCAAUAUUUUUCAUGUCUUGUGUGUAUAGUUUACAGACUAUGCUUUUGAAAAUGCAGUAGUAUUUUGCUGUCUGAAUUACAACAAAUAAAUAUAUAUUUAGUAUAGCAACAAACUGAGGGCAUUUUAAAUGGAUAAGUACUUUAAAUACUAGUUCAUUUGUAAAAUUAUAAGCACAGAAGAUAAGAUUAUAUGAAAUGUUGGUCUGUGUAGUUUAGUAAAAUAGGUUUUUAAUGAUAUUUUGCAAAUUGAAAGAAAACUGUGGAUGAAUCCUCUUGAAAGUUAUACAUUUAGAUGUGUUUUCAAACAAAAGCAUUUUGCAAUUAUAACUGUAUACAUUUUUGUUGCAUUUGACAAGUCUUCCUGUGAUUAUUGAAAACUGAUGUGCUAACUUUCAUAGGUUUAGAUACCUGAGUAUAAAUUUUAAAUAGAUACAAAGAACCUAACUUUUUGUUAGCUCGGUACAUAAAACUGUACUGUACAGUAAGUUGCUUGGCCCUUGAUGCUAAUUGACAAUGUUGUCUUCCUGACCCAUUGCGAAAUUCUGUGCAUAAAAAUGAAAAGUUCUAAUAGUCCAGUGCUAUGAGCGAGCAGUGAGCUUUGUAGUCUAGGUCUAGCUGGAUUUUCUGAAGCAACUAAUGUAAUCAACUUACAUUCUCAAUACUUAAAUAUAUGUUUUUGAAUUUGGUAAGUCUUUGAAUGGGUCAGGGCUGAGAUGAAUAGUGUAAUACAUU